CUCGUCUGUGUGGCUUGAUGUGGCGCAGUGCGGCGUCGACCGUGCAAGAGUCGGCGAGCAGAGCGAAGAGAAAAAACAUCGCCCGUUCCCGUCUCUCUUCCUUUUCCCCUCCCCCAGCACAUAUCCUACGGAUCCUAUCCUCUCGAUCUACGGACUACCUCUUAGCAGAAAUGGCUGUCACAGUAAGUAUCCCGUACUCCUGCCCGCUGCCCUGCGUCCCACUUGGUUUUCGGUCCCCUUCUUCUCCCGGCGGUGGUAGUAGGUUCGCCGUCCAUUCUCCCGCAUUCUCGGAAGUCACGUUCUGGGAAAAAAGCUGCGACGAGAAUGGGGCAACCGAACGAAUGCUACGCCUGUAGCACGACCCCGCUGGAUGAAAAGGUGGCUGCGAGCGACAGAGUAGCCUACUUUGGCGUCCCCUUCUGAGCUGCGCGCCAGACGGGGAUGUUCAAACGGUUUGCUCGACUGCUUGGAACCCAACCACUCACCAUCCGCACUCUUGAGCAGAAGAAGGACAACAAGGCCAAGAAGGCCCCGGUCAAGUUCACCAUUGACUGCUCCAGCCCCGCCAACGACGGUAUCUUCGACGUUGACUCCUUCGAGAAGUUCCUUCACGACCGCGUCAAGGUCUCUGGCCGCACCAACAACCUUGGAGAGGCCGUGACCAUCAGCAAGGGUGCCUCUGGAACCCUCACCGUGACCGCCUCCCCCAGCAUCCAGUUCUCCAAGCGCUACAUCAAGUACCUCACCAAGAAAUUCUUGAAGAAGCACCAGCUUCGUGACUGGGUUCGCGUCAUCAGCUCUUCCAAGAACGCUUACGAGCUCCGUUACUUCAACAUCGCUGAGGCCGAUGCUGACAACGACGGUGACGACGAAUAGAUUACUCGUCUUCUGAGUUCUCUUUUUUGUCUUGUAUGAUAUCUCUAUCACAAAAUACACUUGAGGGUUUUUGAUAAUUUAUGUUGCGAG